AUCCCACCAUUUCUUGACGAGAAUCCGCAUCAAGAACACCACCACGGCGACUUUGCUGAUUCCCAUGGCCAGGGAGACGACACUCUGCCCGAUGACGAGGAUCUUGAUGCCGGUCGCGAUCUCGUCGAUGGUCAAAUACUGGACGUGGACGCCCAUGCCGUACGUUGCGGCCGCGGUACACAGGCCGGCAAACGUGGUCAUCAAGAUCUAUGCAUUCUCAUCAGACCGCGCAGACCAGACACUUGCGUAUGUACAUACCCAGGUGACGAUUAUAAGAUAGUCAUCCGCACCGACACUCGCGCGGAGGACGGUUCGAGUGUACAGACGCAGGAUGAUGACGGCGAGGUUGAGAACGACCUCGAACCAGAGGACGCCAACGAGCGUCGGGCCUUCUCCUCGGAGUGCCAUGGUCGACUAGACAGAAGGAAGGUACGAUAUCAAUCUAUCUGCGAAGGACACGCAGACACUUUUUUUUUUCUUCUUCUUUUGUCGAAAGACAGUGUUUCCUCUCCCCAUCCGGCUGCGAUGCGAUGGACUAGCUGA